UCUUGUAUGCAAGGCUUAGACGGCUAUACUGUUGCCAAGUCUUAUUAAGCACGAGCGGUAUGUCUGAUACAUACAUGUAACUUGUACAUGCAUCUUUUCCAAGACUUGUAUAGCUACUCAGGUCCGGUGUUUACUCCCCGAGACGUCAAUCUCUUUUACCUUAUUCGAUGUAUCCUUAGACCUCAAGUCUCGCAAAACUGCACAAGUAUUCGGCCAGAAACUUGCCUGUGCUUCGUGCUUCUGGAAAGUUCGAUGACUACCAUCCUAUUUGGCAAUAUACAGUGAAAGAGUAUCGCUUUCGGAUACAUCUGUGUUUCAAAAGCGUGAGUAGUGCG